AUGUCACAGGAGCGAAAGCGGUCAACGUCGCGGACAAGGGUCUCGCGCCCAACAACGCCGCUGCGGCCCUCAUCUCGCUCCUCCUUUCGCGAAUCAGCCAAGGCAAGCACCAGCGGCGGGCCCUCAUUCCCUCUCAACGCCUUCGAGCCCGCCUUCGCUGAGCUGUCUGACGCCAUGUCCGACCUCGAGGCCAACAUGAUGCAUUUCCAGCUCAUGCAUGAGAGCCUCGCCCGUUUCAGCGAGAGCUUCGCCAGCUUCAUGUAUGGUCUCAACAUGAAUGCCUUCUGUGUCGAUUACCCUGAGGGGCCCAUAUCAGAGUCGUUCCGCAGGGCAAAGCAACAAGAGGAACAGGCGACAGCACAGGUACCUGACACAAAGCCUGCAGGGGACCCCGAGGGCGAGACCACAUUUAUGACCACAGACACGUCCUUCGUUGACAACCCGUCUUCAACGAGGACGGCUGUCCCCAAGUUCCAAACCCCAGCCCCAAAGACGAGGACGUCGCGGGUGCCUGCGCCGUCUACCCGUGGCGGCAGCCAGACCCGAGGAGGCCGUGGUGGCACGCGUGGCACGCGGCCUAGUAGGCUUGCGGCACCGAGGGCCAGAGGCAUUAGAUGA